CCAGAUGUACUAUUUGUAAUUACAGUAAUUUGUUAAUUUUCUAGCUUCCACUGUUUUCUUCUCGUUUCUCCUGAUGGUUUCCACGUUAAAAAUUUAAAGAGGCGUAGUUUAAAGUCUAGACGAUGCUUGAUUGUCGGUUGGCUGUCUGUUUAAUUUCCCGUUGACGUGAAAAUGACGUCCCCCGCUCCGACAGCGGACGAAGCGACCCUGCAGCUGCUGCACAGCGCGGAAUCCCUCUUCGCCGAGUACCACCAACCGGCCACCAGUAACCCCCGCAAAGCGGCCAUCGAGAUCCAGUUGAAGCAGUCCUUAUCCGAUCCCCGCCACUGGAAAUUGUGGAUUGAUUCGCUGUGCCUGAGCAGCAGUCCGUAUUUGCUGCUGCACUGCCUCAAUCUCCUCAACGACCUCAUCACGCAUUUCUGGUCCACUUGGACCACCCCCGACCAGAAGCAGUACAUCAAGGACCGUCUCCUGCACUAUUUAACCGACCCCACGGCGCCGGCCCUGCCCGCCUUCCUGCACACCAAACUGCUAAAACUCCUGGUGGACGUGGGACGCAAUGACUGGCCGCACUUCUACCCGGCCUUCUUCCAGCACGUGCAGAUGAUGGUGGGGGAGGCGCGGCUGCGACUGGUGGGGCUGAAGAUGCUGCGGCUGGUGUGCGAGGAGUUUGUGGCGCCGCGGGAGGACGUGCGGGCCGAGCGGAAGGAAGAGCUGCACAAGCUGUUGCUGGGCAAGGUGCCGGCGGUGUGGGGCAUGCUGGAGAAGGUGUUGGUCCCGGUGGCGGAGGGGUUGAGUCGCGGGGAGAAGGCGGCGGCGGGGAAGGAGGAGGUGCGCUGCGCCAGUGAGGCGCUGCAGAUUCUGAACCAACUGAUAACGUGGAUCCCCGCGGGAACGGCGGUCCCGGCGGCGCUGAUGCAGGUGCUGUUCUUCCUGGCCAACUGUGAUCUGCAGACGGGGCAGCUGUUCGAGCUGGGCGCCGGCGGCAUGGCCUGCCUGGUGGAGAUGGCUGGGCGCGUCUGCGCCUCGCCGGACGUGGAGAAGAAUCUCUGGACCAUCUACGAGUUCGCCUACGUCCGUCUGGAGGCCGUCAAUCAGCAGCUGGAAGGCCUGACGGAAUUAUCCGACACGGCCAGCGAGUAUCUCCAGCAGUUCAUCGAAUUACUACGCCCCUUAUUAACCAGCCAUCUGCAGCGCUUCGAAGCCCACGCCCACUUCCCCACACUGAACCUCCUGUCGCGCUUCUUCCAGUUCACCUUCCACCUGCCGGCCGCCGACCUCUUCCUGCUGUGCACCGACAUCUGGAACGACUUCCUCGACCGCAUCCUGGCCGUUUCCUCCGCCCGCGCCUCCAGCAGCCGCGCCGCUAUACUACAAUCGUACGCCGCGCCUAUUUUGGCGCUGGUGGAGUGUUUAUUCAAGAAAGUGCAGCUGCAGUAUAACCAGGAGUUCCUGGAGAGUAUGCAGGAAGACGGUGAGGGAGAAGGCCGGGAGCAGGAGGAGUAUUUCGGACGGUGUAUCGGGGUGAUGAUUAAGGCCGGGGAGAUCGCGCCGCGGGAAGUGCUGGAGCGGCUGGUCGGGCGGUUUCGUGAGCUGAACGGGAUGUUGGCCGGCGUGAAGAAUCUCAUUCGCACAGAAGCGAACGGCAGCGACACGGUGGUAACCUUGGCCAUUAGCCAGGACACCGACAUCCAGAACCUGCACGUCCUCCUGCGCGACCUCAGCGUCGUGUCGCAGGCCGCCGCCUCCCACUGCGGCCUCCUGACCGGCGACCUCUUCCCGCCGUACGCCGCCACGGUCCUGGCGACCCUCCAGUCCCUCCUGGACAGUCUCCAGCUCCUCAACCACGACCUGCACGCCCUCUACCACCUCCGGGCCCCCGCGCCCCUCCCCGCCGACCUCCUGCACCUCCACCGCGCCCUCUACAGCGCCCUGGAGGCCGGCGUCCCCUGGAUCGCGCAGUUCAGCACCGCCGCCCCGGAUCUGGGGGGUCUCCUGAAGACGAUGCUGGAGACGACGCUGGAGCCGGUGUUCCGGAGGGCGGAUCCGCGGAGCGCCGCCGCGGGGGCGCAGAUGGCACGGGCGCUGGUCAAGGCCAUCCGGACGAUGAAUAUGGUGGGUUUGGAGCCGGUGGAGCGGUUGUACGGGGUGGUGGUGGGCGGGGCGAUCUGGGAGAUGGAAGCGGAGGUGCGGGUCAACGUCCUGUGUGUGCUGCACAGCGUGUAUACCCUUCCGGUGGUGGGCGUGGCCGAGGAGGGGCAGGGGUGGGAGGAGCGGGUGGAGAAGCACCGGAGGGUCGUCCAGGCGGUCACGGAACGGUUCUGCCGGGUCCAGCAGGCGGGCAACGCCCCGCCCACUCCGCAGGUGAUCGCCGUGGUGCGGGAGACGUUGGGCACGUUGAACGCGAUUUUGUUGUACUGCGUGGACGAGCCGAAGAAGUCCAAGCAGAUCCUGCUGCAGAACAUCACCCCGGUGCUGCACGCCACCGCCGCCAUGCUGCCGAGCAUCUCCGGCGUCCCGGAGCAGCGCUCCGCCGUCCUCCGCUUCGUCCUCAACGUCUUCACCGCCCUCAAGUCCGCCUUCCCCGCCGACCUCACUCCGCCCUUGAGUGACCUCUUCGAAGGUCUGUUCGAGCAGUUUCUGGAUCCGGAGGAGCUGCUGCGCACUUUAUGCACCGCCGACCCCCUCCAAGCCGAAGCGCUGAGCACCUGCUUCGAUUUACUGAAGCUGGUGGUGGCCGAUCCGGCCUACAAGGCCUACCUGCCCUUCGUCAUCGGGUUAUGCCACAUCGUGUGUCCGGCGCUGGAGCGGACGCCGGAAAUCCGCAUUGAGUUCCGGCAGGCGUCGUAUGAAUUAUUGUUGAGCGUGCUCAGCCAGCACUGGAGCUAUUUCUUCCGCAGUGCGCGCUUGGUGGAGGCCGGCAACGGCGAGGGCCUGGAGGUGGCCGUUAUGCGCGAGGAGAAGGUGCAGACCAAGGAUUUUCUUCUCAUUAUGCACUGCCUCGGCGCAGCGCUGCUGCAACCGGAGAUCUCCCUGACCGCGACGGUCCUGCGCGGUUUAAACCAGCUGCACACCGCCCGGCAGGUGUACGAUAAAAGCGCCUUCCGGGAAUUAUUGCGCAAUGAUUAUUUGACGGCAUUACUGCGGAUGUUGGUGCAACGGGAGAAGAGCUUGUUGGCGGAGGAUAUGGCGGCCGCGGUGUGGGGCAUGACGCACGACAGCGCCGCCUGGUGGGCGGACGUCUUCCUGCCGGCCUUCCUCGGGCAGUGGGCGGGGCUGGAUGAACGCCAGCGGGAAGUGUUACACGGCCAGUGGCGCCGCGUGGAGGAGCAGGUCGGGUUCACGCAGCAGCUGAUGGCCUUCGCCAUGGAGAUGCGCUGCUUCCUCACCUACAAUUCCAUGACGGCGCAGUAAUCGCGGGAUUUUUUCCGGAAUUUUUCGGGAUUAUUUUCCGGAUUUUUGGGAAUAUUAUCCUGGAUUUGGGGAUUUUUUGCUGAAUUUUCGGGAGGUUUUUGGAUUUCUGGGAAAUUUUUUCCCAAAUUGUUCGGAAUUUUUCCUGAAUUGCUGGGAAUUUUUCCUGAAUUGUUGGGAAUUUUUUCCUGAAGUGUGGGAAAUUUUUUUCCUGAAUUUUCGGGAAUUUUUGUAGAUUAGAUUGUUUUGUGUCUGUUUUUUUAUAAUGGUGAAUUUUUCUGUAUGUUUUUGAAUUCUUGUAUGCAUUCUUGGCGUGUACAUUGUUGCAGAUAGAUUUUGUUUUUUUAGGAAAUUACGAAAUAAAUCUGUACCAUAUUC